UUAAAUUUAUUUAAUUAAACAAACUUUUUCAAUUUCGUAAGAUUGUUAAUAUUUUUUUCUAUAAAAAUUUUAAAACCAUCUUAAAAUAAUGGCAUUUCGGGCAAUGCAAGCAAUUCGUUUCGUUAUAAAUCGCAAACAAAAUAUUUUACGAACAAAAUUAAUUCGACGUUAUAUUUCUUCAGAUGACCAACAUAAAUUUGCGAAAGGUUUAGUGAUUGGACUUUAUGAAAAGGAAGAUGAUAGACCUAUUAAAUUGACAGAAAGUGGUGAAAAUUUUGACAAAAAAGUUGAAGGCCAAUUGAUGCAGCUGAUAAAAGAUUCUGACCUUAAAGGAACCCUUGGAUCUGGAACUGUUUUUAGUAACGUUGAUUCCGAAUACAGGUCCGUUGCAGUAGUUGGUUUAGGACGUGAAGGGGCUGGCUUUAAUGAACUUGAAAUGCUUGAUGAAGGAAUGGAAAACGUUCGAACAGCUGCUGGAGUUGGUGCUAGAAAACUUCAAAUGCAAGGCUGCAUUGAAGUUUACGUAGAUUCCAUGGACUAUCCCGAACAAGCGGCUGAAGGCAGUGCUCUUGCUGUAUAUAGAUAUCAGGACAAUAAGAAGAAGAACGAAAAAACAAAUGUUCCCAAAUUAGAACUCUACGAUUCGUCAGAAACUGAUGCAUGGACUCGGGGUAUUUUCAAAGCUGAUGCUCAGAACUUGGCAAGACGUUUAACUGAUGCUCCAAGUAAUCAAAUGACACCAACAAUGUUUGCACAGGCUACUGUCGAUGCACUAUGUCCAUGCGGUAUGACUGUUGAAAUUCGUGCAAUGGAUUGGAUACAACAAAAUCACCUGAAUUCGUUCUUGUACAUUGCAAAGGGUUCAUGUGAACCACCCGUUUUACUUGAGAUCAAUUAUUGUGGUACAUCUCCGGAAGAUAAGCCAAUUUUGUUACUUGGCAAAGGAAUAACAUUUAACAGUGGUGGCAUAUCUUUGAGGCAACGUGAUGGAAUGGAUCAAUAUCGAGGUUCAAUGGCUGGAGCUGCUGUUGUGGUCGCUGCUAUUCGAGCAGCAGCUACACUUUCACUUCCCAUCAAUAUUGCAGCUGUUAUACCUUUGUGUGAAAACAUGCCGUCGGGAAUGUCCUGCAAGCCUGGCGAUGUAAUUACCUGCCUAAAUGGUAAAAUGUUGGCAAUAGAGCAAACAAACAAAGCUGGGGUAGUUGUUAUGGCUGAUCCUUUGCUAUAUGCCCAAAAAGCCUAUAAGCCUCGUUUGGUAGUUGAUGUUGCCACACUGGGUAAUGGGGUUAAGAAAGGAAUUGGCAGUGGAGCUGCAGCAGUUUUUUCCAAUUCACACUACCUUUGGAAGCAGUUGCAAAAAGCUGGUUCGAUUACUGGCGAUAGGGUUUGGAGAAUGCCCUUAUGGAAGUAUUACCAAAAACAAGUGAAAAAUAGUAUAAGCUAUGAUAUAAGUAAUACUGGUACGGGAUUAGCUUCUUCUUGCCAAGCUGCUGCUGUCUUAAAUGAAUUUGUACCUACUACUGAUUGGGCACAUUUAGAUAUAAGAGGUGUUGGUAUGCUUACCAAAGAAGGCAAUAUACCAUAUCUUUUGCGCAAUCGUAUGACAGGACGUCCAACAAGGACAUUAAUACAAUUCCUUUAUCAAAUGGCAUGUCCAGAUCAAUCUCAUAAAUCUUGUAAAUGAAGAAAAUUGGUUACUUUUUGUCUAAACAAAUUUUACUUUGAAUUUUGAUUUUUAGUUUAUAUUUUUUUGAAUGACUGUUAUAAUAAAAAAGAAAUUGUACUAGAAUGUUACAAGAAGCGA